UCUCAUUCCCUCUCUUCACUGCCAAAGAGAGAGAUGAUCGGAGGAGCGGAGUCUCAGUGAACAGAGCGAAGCGAUGGAGAGAUGCUCCAUCUCUCCUGUCGCACGACUGACUGCCCUCCGCUGCCUCGUCUCCAUCCUCCUGGUUGCUCUGGUGACACAGCCCUCCACCUGUAACCGUGACAAUAGUGAGGGCGAGGAGCAGGCGGACGCCCUGUCGGUCCAGCUGUCCGUCACAGCCCAGGUCACACCCACCCCUCUGUGGGCGGUGGUCUGGGGUCCCACGCAGCCUCUGGAGGAUGAGACCUAUCACUUCCUUUCCAGCCAGGAAACUGACCCCCUGCACCAGCAUGGGAAUCAGCAGGAGGCCAGCAGCACCAAGUCAAACUGGCCUGCAAGCAUGCAGCCCCGAGAGGAGGCACCGCUGGAGUCUAAGGACCUGGAGGGAGUGGAGGACGGAGGGACGGCGGCGGAGGAGACGGAGCCUGAGGAAGGAGGAAUUGGCCGCUGUCACAAUGCAAGAUACAAGACGUCACCGGAUUUGUGUUGUAGUUGGAGGACGGCGUCUCGCACAUUCAAUAUCAUGUUUCAGCUGGCUUUAUUGGUCUCUUCUUCUGUUCUGGAUACAAUUAUCCAUGGUCAUGGUCUGAGAUUGGUAAUUGCACGAGUGUGUGUGUGUGUUACAGUGGACCCUCAGUUCUACGUCACCGUGACCAUCUCCUCGCUGCUCAUCCUGACGGCAGUCAUCAUUACAGCCAAACUCUGUUACGAUCGCAGCUGUUUCCAGCAUCCACCCCCUCUUUCCCGUGGCGUGGCCCCCCCACUCUCCCUCGCGCUCCCUCGCUCCCUCGCUUCGGAGGACAGCCGGCAGACGUUGCACAGCACCUCCUCCUCCUUCACCGACAGGGAGAGGAUCCCAGUUGUGAACCUCUGAGGUGACUGUUUUUCCAUAUGGUAAACAUUGCUUGCGGGCCUGAAGAGGAACAUCAACGUGACCAGAGGGUGUGCCCGCAGCACCGCUUAUCUUCUCUGAAACUGUGAAAUGAAUCCAGGUUUCCCAGGUAUCCAGCCAUCACAAAACUCCUGGGCUUCCCUGAGGUCUGAAAACCCAAACACAUCUCCCUGCUGCUCCCUCCUCCCUUCCUUCCUUACUUCCUCUGUGCUUGGUAUAAAUUUAUUUCAUGUGGCUCAUGCGUCAUUGUAACCUGCUCCCUGUUUUCCAUCCCCUGUAUGGCCCCGAGCUCUGCCAAGCCAACCAACUGUUCUGCGCUUCGACCCGCCAUGACUAAUUCACAAACAACCAGUUUAGCAGACCUGCAACAUCCCAUUACAUCUGAAAUGUAUUACCUGUGCCUCCGCAACCGUUUCCAGUGAUUCGGCUGCACUCUUGAAGCUGUUCAGUAUUCAUUCUAAUCCAGCGGACUGUUCUUUCUUGAAAUGACACUCAAAUUCAGUUUAGUUCAGCAGGCUUGUAUCUGGUUCGCAAAUGGUUAAAAAGCCAUUCUCAGCAUCUCCAAACACUGAACGGGGUAUUUCACAAAGCUGUUUGUCACGGCUGUAGCCAACAGGCAAUGUGUUUAACAUGUCACGCUCCAAAAACUGCUGUUUAUUCCCCGCUUUGGGCGCCUGGAAUGCAAAUAGUGUGGCUUUUCCCCUCUGCAGUGUGUAGAGGAGAAUGUGUUCUUUUAGUUUUUUCCCAUGAUUUGUUUUGUUAAUUAUCUGGCUGACGUUCACCUCUUUGUCGAGCCUUUGUGAGCACCCUCUGUUCCUGCUGGACUGUGUUAGAGGUGUGUUAAGCAUAUAGUGCUUCCAGUGGCGGAGAUAAAAUAUUCAGAGCGGGAAUGGAUAGAGGCAUUAGUGUUGAAAACCAAUGAUUCCCAAAAGGUUUUGGAUGGUGCGCAACAAAGACAGAUUUAUGUUGUCAUGGAAAUGAGCAUCUGUGAACUGUACGUGUGAUCAAAGGACUGAUGUUACCACGAAGAGGAUUCCUUUCCCCCACCUGACAGCCAAGUAUCUCAAUCUGGAAGACAAAACCACUGUAAUUUCCCUUCGUAUCACUUUUCAAGUCCCCGUAUAUCAACUGUCUUGGGUGCACCAAAGGAAAGCAGUACAUCAAGGAGCAUCAUUUCUGUCUCGCCAAUGAAUCUGCAUGUACACAGUAAGAACAACCUGUGAGAGAGUAUAUCUUCAAAUCUAUUAUUUAUAAAUGUCUAUUUUAUCUAUCAGUGAGUGAUGUCUCAUCGAACCUUUCAAAGCCAAAUGUCAGUUUGUGUUUGCCAACUUUUCUAAGCAGCUUUGAGACAUAUACCCCCCCCCCCCACACACACUUACACAUAUUCCCACCACAGACAUAGUGCUGGUGACAUCAUGCGUGGCUCGUGCUACCCUCCAGAUAUCUAGUCUUGUGAAUUUUAGUAGCAUUCCUGUAGAAAUGUGGUCUUUCUGUACCAUGGAAGUUCAAUAAAGACUCAACACUGGCAUUUUAGCUCCGCGUCUAUCUGUUUA